CCUGCGGCAGACUUAUAUAAUUGCACAGCUUCUAUUUUUAAAUACUAUUUAUUUUGACAGUUUCAAAUAUGGUCGUUGUCUUGUUUGAAAAUAAUCGCUCUACCACUCUCCCACACAGAAUGCAUGGCUGCAUUUGUAGAAACCUCAGACUUCUGAAGAUGCGCUUGAGGAGUCUUGUUUUGCGGCUGUGUUAGCAUCAGUGCUUCAGUGCUCCUGAUGGCCUCUUCUGUUGUGGCUGUGCAGGAAAGCAGUGAUGAAGACCUCUGGGAAAAGGACCGAGGCUGACAAAAUGGAUGCAGCGCAUGAGGUGGGGGCUGCUGCUGCUGGCUUGGAUGAUCCCUGCGUUAAGAAGGAAUGCCUUGACAUCGGUAUCUUGCCAGAAACAAGAUACCGCUAACGCUACAGUCAGGCAUCCAGAAACAAGAUACCGCUGACGCUUCCAAGUCAGGCAUCUCCUCCUUGAUACCCAGGCCUGUAGCUGACGCUACAGGCCUGGGCAUCAAGGAGGAGAUGCCUGACUUGGAAUAUUCGCGCAGCAGUUGUGCGGCUGAGCCCUGUUGCCCACGAGGAGGUCCUGGGGACUGUGGGCUGGGCGGGGAGGGGUGCCUUCCGCACAUGGUCCUGAAAGGUUGGGAGGAGUAUGCUGACUGCCAGGAGAGGGUCCCUCAGCCUCUGCCACAGGGCCUGGACCUGCAGGAGGAGAGGAAGAAGGUGUCCUACCCAUGCGCCGAGUGUGGGAAGCACUUCACCCGCUCGGGGAACCUGAAGGUGCACCUGCGGUCGCACACGGGGGAGACGCCCUUCAGCUGCGCGGACUGCGGCAACAGCUUCAGCCAGCUGGGGACGCUCCGGGCCCACCAGCGCAUCCACAAGGGGGAGAGCCCGUACGCCUGUAGCGCAUGUGGGAAGAGCUUCCGCCAGUCGGGCGCCCUCGCCAAACACCAGCGCACCCACACUGGGGGGAGAGCCUGUACUCCUGCAGCCACUGCGGGAAGACCUUCCGCGAGCUGGGCACGCUGACCAAGCACCGGCGCGUCCACACUGGCGAGACGCCUUACCGCUGCACCCCCUGCGGCAGGAGCUUCAGCCAGCUGGUCACCCUCUGGCGGCACCAGCGGACCCACCUGGGCGACAUGCCAUUCUGCUGCACCACCUGCGGCUGGGGCUUCAAGGAGACGCGGGCCCUGCGGUGGCACCAGAGCGUCCACGCUGGCGGCAACGUGUACAGCUGUGACGUGACGAGUGCGGGAAGCGCUACCGGGACCUGCGCGGGCUGAAACGUCACCAGAGGCUCCACCUGGGUCGGAACCCCUACGUUGUUGUUGUCAAGACAAUCAAGGGCUGCUGAUGUGGCCGGGCGGUGUAGGCGAGCAAGCUCAUAUCCCUGCCGGGCUUACGUCUCGGCCUGCUGCUCGCCGCACCCAAACGCGCCUCCCCCUGGGGGGUUUGUGAAAGCCUGUUAGGGUUAAAAAAACAGGCUGUCCAGGGAUACGUCAUCUGCUGAUUAGAAAAGGCAGAAACCACCAGUGAAGGAAUGGAUCCGGGUGUGGUGUUAGCAGGGACAGAUGGCCCUGUGUAUCUGCUGCUGGUUGUUCUGUGAAGACAGCACAGAGGUGGGUCUCCGAGGACAUGGGCUCUGCUCCAGAUGUAAGAGGUGCAUCUCUAACAGAGGAGGCCCUGAGCCCCUGACUCUGUACGCGUAGCUACAGCACCACAAAGCCGAGAGCAGUCCAGAAGAAAAGGAUUCCUGGAUGUGUAUGUGUGGCAUAAACCAUAAAGACAGUUGACUAUUAUCCAAAACUGCCACAGAAGGCCAUUGCUGAUGUUCUUGGUGUUCCUGGUUUGUGACCAGCUUGCCAGUAUUAGUCCGGUACAGGAGCUGAAUGCAGCGACUGAGCUCAUAGUGCCAAAUUUACACAUCACACACACUUGAGAACUGAAAAACACUAAUGUGAAAAAAUGACUGCUGAUCCCUGGAAAACAUUGAAUCGUGUCCCGUUUGUUUUCCCUUCAUCCUAGGAAGAGGAUGAACUUCCACCUACAAAACGGCCGGCAGUUUUGAUAACGAGAGUUGGGGUGGCUCAAAGAAUGGAACCUGUUGUUAUUACCCAGUAAUAACACUUGUCUGGUAUCCCAAACGCUUCACGUGGUUGCUGAAACUGCAUUGUUCUCCUAUGAGGAACUUAUUUCAGUUACGAGGUAACAUUUAUAAUAAUUGCUUACACUUAUACUCAAUAUACUUACUCAAAGUGCUUUACAGGUA